AUGGACGCUGUCAAGGGCCGAUGCAAUCGGGACCCCUGCCGCUAUUUCCACCCCCCUCUGCACCUUCAAGCCCACAUUAAGGCCGCACAAUCUCGGGCUAGCAUUGCGGCUGGAUCGUUAUCGUCAAGUGUGCCGGGAAUGGGCGCUAUGGCUGGUGGAGUGUCAGGAGUGCCGGCAGCGGCUGUACCCGGAGGACUUCAGAACCCGAGUAUGGCGAGCAUUGAGCUCGGAAAGAAGCGGAUGCGCGACACCAAUGAUGAUCUGCUAAUGAUGGAAUCAAAGUCCUUCGGAUCAUUCUACUACGAGAAUUUUGCCUUUCCGGGAAUGGUACCAUACAAGCGUCCCGCGGGCGACAAAUCCGGAAUGCCAGUGUAUCAAGCAACUGGCGCGACGACCUAUCAACAAUUAAUGCAGUUGCCGCAGCCCUUCGUGCCUGUGUCAUGUGAGUACGCUGGAACACCACCCCUUCCCCAACCCUCUAAUCAGUCAAUCGCGAGUUCGCAAAACUCAAUAUCAAUACCGUCCUCCCAACAAGCGUCGUCCUCGAGCAACGCCGACACAAACGGCGUUCUCGUAGACCCAAAUAAUCCUCCUCCGCCCCCACCAAGCGUAGGCGGAGGUGGCGGUGGCGGAGGCGGAUGCGGCUUAGGCUCCAACGAUGGCACUAAUAUAACCAAACAAAUAUCCGCCUCGAACCAUGAUAACGAAAAUAAUACCCGGAACUCUCCCGAAUUGAACCACACGAGCACACAAGCGACCCAGGUCCCCCAAAUGGCAGCAGUGCAUUCUGCAUCAACAGCAGCAACAAUAAACCACCCAAUGUCCUCUCUAGCCGUACUCUCAUCAAUGCCUAGCAUGACCAAUCUGACUAACUCGUCGAUGCCGGCCAUGGUGUCGAUGGCAAACAUAAACUCGAUCCAGGCCUCGAUCGCAAACAUGCAGCAGCAACAGCACCAGGUAAACUCUAUGGCCAAUUACACGAUGGCGAACAUGGCCCACCUGAAUGUCCUGAAUUCCUUGGGCAUGAACCCUACCAGCUUCGCGGCCAUGGACCAAGCGACUCUCGCGAAGGAAGUUGCCCAGAAAAACUACGCAAAGGCAAUAAAGCUCUCCCAGGCGGCCCAGCCGUACGGAAUGAACCCACUGAACGCUUUGAACUACACCGGCGUUGCACUUAACAAGCAGGCAUUGUCGAUGAGUCAGUCCGGAGCCGCUGCUGCUGCUGCAGUACACGCUGCUGCCGCUAACAAUGCUGCUGCGGCUGCCGCUGCAUCCAGGCAAAUGCUUCCGCACGGUCUAGCUCACGGGAUUCCCGGAACUGCGGGCCUUGCCUCGAAUCUCCCCGCCGGUUUGUUGCACUAUCCGAGACCCAACACCGCAGGGCUAAAUCCUUACUCUUUGAUAAGACAACACCCUAUUUUACCGUCGCCUUACAUGCAAACAUCGAUGCCUGGAGGCACUGCGGCUCUUCAGCAGCACACGAAUCCCUAUUUACAGAAUCCUUACGCUCUGUUGCCCGGUAUGGCGGUUCACGGCAUGCCUGGGGUUGGUCCCGGUUUACCUGGGGUUCCUCAAUUACAAGCCGGUAAUCCAGCUACCAUCGCAGCCCAGCCUCAGGUUGCCAUUCCUGUUAGCUCGGGAGUUAUCAUGCAGCCUUAUAAGAAAAUGAAAACCACAUAA